GCCCCAGGGGAGGGGGCGGGGCGGGCCGGAGGGACCUAGACACUGCCUCCCAGCCUCUGUCACCGCCGCCAGUCCGGCCCAGAGCAGCAACAGGUAGGAAGCUCCGGUCCCGGCCCCACAGCUGGUCCCUUUGCCUACUCCGUGGCCACCGUCUCUCCGCCUGGGAAUGAAUGAGUGAAUGAGUGAAUGAGUGAGUGAAUGAAUUCUUCUGCGUCUCCAUCGGCCUGUCUCUCGCUUUGUUCCUCUCUCCCACUUUCUGUUUCCAUCUCUCCCCAACCCCUCCAUCUCUCUCUCUGUCCUUCCCUUCUUUCCUCUGUCCCUCUAUCUCCCCGUCUCUGUCCCUUUAUCCCCUUGGUGUCUCUGCUCGUUCCUCCAUCCCCCCUUCCUCCAUUUCCCCUUCUGUCUCCUUUCUCCCACCCUCCAUCACCCCAUCCUCUCCCAUCCCAUCCGUCCAUCUCCUCCAUCCUCUCCCACCCCACACCCCCUCCCUCCAUCUCCCCAUCCUCUCCCACCCCACACCCCCUCCCUCCAUCUCGCCUGCUCUGUCCCCUCUGUCCCUUUGUCCCCUCGGUGCCUGUCUCCUUGUAUCACCCUGUUCCUUGCUCCCCCCUUCAUCUGUCCCUCUAUUUUCUCCUCCAUCACUUCAUUCCUCCCCCAGUCUCUCCCUUUCUCUAUUCCUCCCCGUCUCUUCAUUUCUCCCGUGCCUCAGUCUCUCCCUCCACUUCUCUGUCUCUGCCUCUGCGCGUCCCGUUGUCCCUCUGUCCAUCCAGUAGGCCUCUCCUCGGGUGCCCGAGUUGGGAUCCCCCAACCUUCUCCCCUGGCUGCUAAUGAGCAGAGGAGCCUUUGAGGUGGCCAGGGCUAGGGUGGGGGGGCUCCCUGAGGGUGGCGGAGGGGACAGCUGCUGCCAAGGCUCUAAUGAGGCCCCCUCUGUGCCCCUCCCGCAGCGAUCUUAAUUCCCCGUUCUCCCUGGAGCCACCGCUAAUUGGCCUGGGGAGGGGCCCCCUUCCUGGCUCUCGCUCUGCCCCCGGGGGGUGAGGACACCUGGAUUCUGAUCCAGCACCUGUGGCCCUGUCCUUCUGUCUCAGCCUCCCAUCUGUGCGCCCCUCCUUCCCUCCCUUGCCCCUCCCUGCUCUCUCCCCACCUGCCUUAGGUACCUCCAUCCGUGCACCCCUCCAUCGCUCCUCUUGUUCCUGUCCCCUUCAUCUGUCGCUCCCUCCACCAGCCCCUGGCCACCCCAUUCACGCGCCCUUCCACCCUCGCACCUGUUACCGGGGCUCGCUCCCUCGCCCCCACUUCGGGACCCAGACGUAUCCUAACCUACCCCUACAGCCCCCACUCCCGCGUGUCUUUAACCCCUUCCCCGCCGCAACCAUGUCCAACAACAUGGCCAAGAUUGCCGAGGCCCGCAAGACGGUGGAACAGCUGAAGCUGGAGGUGAACAUCGACCGCAUGAAGGUGUCGCAGGCAGCAGCCGAACUCCUGGCUUUCUGCGAGACGCAUGCCAAAGAUGACCCGCUGGUGACGCCAGUACCCGCCGCGGAGAACCCCUUCCGCGACAAGCGCCUCUUUUGUGUUCUGCUCUGAGCCCUCCGGACAGCUUACCCUCCCCUGCCAAAGUAUGGAUCCAAUAAACUUGGUAACUGUGGUGGUGCCUGUGCUUUCAGGGAGACUGAGGCACGCACAGAGCUUGGGGCCACCGUAGGGG